GAAACACUGAAAAGAUUUUGAGGUUACAAUUUGCAAUGGAGAAAAGGUCUCUCAAGCUAGUCUUCCUGUUGUCCCUCACAGUCAUAGCAUUUUGUUUGUCUAUGGGUGACGCGAGAGAGAUGGCAGUGGAUUGUAUCGGCGGCAAAUGUCCUAAAGGACAGAUACACUGUGACUGCUUACCUCUUGUAGCACCUCCAAUGGACAGCUAUGAGACCAAAGUUUCUUGCCGCCGAGAUAAGGAUUGCAUCAAGUACUGUCCUAAGGGCUGCAAGAUUGUGAACUGUAAUUUUGGAACAUGUUUCUGUGAGUGUUAAAAGGCAUUGGAAACAACCAUAAUUUCUACUUAUAUGACAGAGAGAAACAAUAGAUUU